UCAUGUACGUCCGUGUCCGUGUAUCAACUUUUGGGUUCUCACUUUCGUAAUGUUUCUGAAACAAAUAUAAACCCAACAGACAACACUAACAUUGUAGACUACAAAAAGCGUACUCCCGUCUCUCGACGACAUACGUUUACAAUUCACUGGUUUUGUGACUCGUUGUUAAUUUAAGUUUGGCUUGAUAUAAUAUAUCAGUUUCGUUCCUAAUUAAUAUUAAUUUUAGUCUACGAUAGUCUUGAGAAAAACCAUCAUGAAAUUGGUCAAGUUUUUGAUGAAAUUAAGUCAUGAAACAGUGACAUUAGAACUGAAAAAUGGCACCAGUGUUCACGGAACCAUUACAGGAGUUGAUGUAGCUAUGAACACUCAUUUGAAAACAGUGAAAAUGACUAUGAAAAAUAAUCAGCCAGUGCUUUAUGAAACACUUAGUAUUCGUGGCAACAAUAUACGGUACUUCAUUUUACCUGAUUCACUAACCCUAGAAACACUACUAGUUGAUGAUGUACCGAAAUCAAGGGUAAAUCGUAGUGGGCGAGGAAUUCAUGGAGGACCUGGGAGAAGUCGUGGACGUGGAGGUCCAAGAGGACGAGGAAGUCGUGGAGGACCUCGCGGAGGUGGAAGUCGUGGACGUGGUGGACCACCUCGACGUUAAUAAUUUAAUUCAUGUUCCUAAUAUAUUAGAAAAUAUUUGAAAUAUAUUAUUUUACGUAUUUGAAA